AUUGUAGUGAAAGUGUUUAAUAAACACUGUUUUUAUUGAUUGACUGUUCAGUAAACACAUGUCUGACAAAACAAUUUCAGUUUGUUUUUACCACUUCUUCUUUUUCUAGUUGUGUUUUUCCGAGUCUUUCUCUUAAUCGACAAAUUUUACGGCAUUUGUACAACAAUUAAGUGAUUGAUUGUAAUUGUAUGACAAAAAAAAAACAAACGAUUGAUUUUGAUUGUCAAUUAUGUCCAAAAUAUUGCUCAAGAAGUCGUUGCAAUUGUUGGAAAAUGAUAUUGAUCUCAAAAGUAUCAACAAAAAGACAAAACGACAGAUAAAACUGAAAGGCAAAGACAGACAACGAAAUGUUGACGAAAAAAAUUUGCUAAAAUUAUCAACAAAUAAACCAAAGAAGACCAGAGAGACGACAAACAAUGAAAGACAAAAACAGAUGAAAAUUAUAAAGAUGUACAAAGAUUUACAUGAAAAUCGUGUCAAAUAUGAUUUGGUUAAGAAGUUAUUGGUUAAUAAACAGAAGAUAAAGAGUGGUAAAAAACAAAAAGAUCACAACAAAUCUGUCUUCACUGAUGACGACUUCAAAGAGUUUGCACUCAAUUAUAAAUAAUGUUAUUUACUCUCUCUUUCUCUCUCUCUUUCUCUCUCUCUUUCUCUCUCUCUUUCUCUCAUAUAUAUAUAUAUAUAUCACA